AUGCCAAAUAUAGGAUGCGUUCUCAUCAUCGGCCUCGUGGAACAAGUUGCUCAAGUUCAUGCAAUAGAUAUUGUGACAGCAGCCGAUAUGCUGUGUAGCUAUCUACCAUCACCUUUAUCCACGGCUUGCGAUGCUUUGUUGGAUGAAUUUGGGCCAAGUUUAGUGGAUAUGAUAUAUCACAAGGAAACUCCAGAUUUGAUUUGCCAUGAUAUUGGUUUCUGCACCCAAGAUCCAGGUAAAAAUUAUUGUCACCUAUUUCCAAUGCCUUCAAAAUUUCGAUCAAGCCCAGGUAGGCCAAUCAGCUCGUCGUUUUCCUCAAGAAGACUUGUUUCACCUUAUUAUCAACUUCCCCAGCAAAGACUUAAAAUCUGCGAUAUUCCAGAAGUGAAAGAAAUAUGUGAUCUGAUUAAUAGAUUUUCUGACGAUCAUCUGCCAAUUGAAGACGAAGACGACGACAAAUUUAGUCAAGAUGUCGGUGUGUUACGUGGUUUUAUGUGGAGAGGAAGAGAUUGUAAUGACAGAAAACCCGAACAUUACCCGGGAAGAAUUCCCUUGAAUAAAGACAAGGUUGAAGACUCAAACUGUAAUGGAAUUUACAAAACAUUUGAAGAUGUUCUAGUACUGUUGGCCAACGAAGGAGAUUGGCCAAUGCUGUCAUCGACAACUGCUUACAGCACCACAAACUCCUGGCCAGAAUCAGUUCAAGGGCCUAUUGAUUCACUUUACCUUCGACUGAGAAAUCAUAAUCUAUGCAACCAUAGAGAUUAUCAAAACAUUGGCGUAAACGGUGCAAGAUCAAGUUCAAUGAAUGAUAUUGUGAAAUCAAUUGGAAAAAAUCAAGCAUUAGACAAACCAGCGAUUGUUGUUCUAGCAUUGAUAGGAAAUGAUGUUUGUAAUGGACAUAUAGAUACGAUCGCGCACAUGACAACUGCUGCUGAAUUUCAUACAAACACAAUGGUCACACUCAAAUACCUCGAUACAGUUUUACCCAACGGAAGCUCAGUUAUUAUUAGCGGAUUGGCAGAUGGUCGAGUAUUAUGGGAUACUUUGUCACAGAGCUAUCAAUCAUGUGAAAAUAACUUUAUAUUACAGGUUACAGCAGAUAUUCAAAUUUCCCUUCUCAAAGAAGCUUAA